GCCCAGGCUUUUCUCUCUAUUGUGUGCACACAUCAAAAAUAUUGGGAGAGAGUGAAAGAUUUGGAAUCCGUUUUGAACUCGCCGUCAAAACUCAUUCCAGUAGUCACUGAUCGGUUUCGCCGAUCUCCACCGCCUCUUCUUAUUCAUCAGAUUGUGCGGUUGAAGCCAAGAAUUGAAUUUUUAAAUGCAAGUAAUGGUUUUUAUUCUGGUUUAUAUGCUCCAAAAUCAAUGAACGGUUCUUCAAUGGCAUGAUCACUUUGCGAAUAAUAGCCUUUACCUUCUGGGUUUUUGAGGCUUUGGCGUUUGCUUUGUUGGGUCGGUGUUAAUUUUUUUUAUUUUUAUUUUUUAUUGUUUGGGUUUUUUCUUUCUCCUGUCACUCUUGUUUUGGGGGAUUGAUUGAAGUGAUGCUGGACUUCAGAGAAGGUUCCAAUGUGAAAAGAUUGCUUUUUGGGUUCUGGGGUUAGGCCUAGGGCUAGAAAGUGUUGGUGGGUGGUGGAGAUGAAGGAGAAUACUGAACUUGAGGAAGGAGAGGCAUGCUAUUAUCAGGAUGACGAUGAAGCCAGCAUUGACCCUGAUUCCUUCUGUUACAUUGAUGAGAAGAUUCAACAUGUUCUUGGCCAUUUUCAAAAGGACUUUGAAGGUGGUGUAUCUGCUGAGAAUUUGGGUGCAAAAUUUGGUGGCUAUGGUUCCUUUUUACCUACCCAUGAGCGCUCUCCUUGUUUUUGGUCUCAACCUAGGUCUCCACAAAGAAACCACAGCUCACCAAAGUCGAUUGUCAAUCAACACAUGGAGGUUGUGUCUCACGACACAAAAGCACCUUCCAGUGUGCCUUCUUCUGCAAGGCCUGAAAAUGCUUCCCAUAGUUCACAUUCAUUGCGUGAUAUUAGAGCAGCUUCAGUAAAUGACUCAAUGAAGAAAGAACAAGGAAUUUCUUCCGUUGAUACAGCUGAGAGGUGCACUUUAAAAGAUGAUACUACAAAAAAGACAGGAAAAUCAACUGACCAAAGGACACUGAAGUUUCGAUUCAAAAUGAAAUCCAGUAUUUUAGCACAAAAGAAUGCAGAAAUUUAUAGUGGCCUUGGGCUUGAUAACUCUCCCUCUUCCUCAAUGGGGAGCAGCCCUGUGGAAAGUGAAGGCAUGCCACCGGUAUCUCAAGAGAAUGCUGAAGAUUCUCCAACUCAAAUUAUUCAGGUCAUGACUUCCUUUCCUAUCCCGGGGGGUGUUCUAAUAUCACCACUACAUGAAAGUUUCCUCAACUUGACAAAGAAUGAAAAAGUUACUGGAGACAGCAGAGAUUUGUCCUCUCUUAAUGGUCAUCAAGAUCCCUGUUCCAUGUCUGCUGAUGAAUCAAAUUCUUUUGUGGGGGAUGGGCAUUUGAAGAAACAGACGGUGAGAAUAGUGAGGCAGAGUGAAAAGCAGUUGGAAUUGACGCAUGUGAAUGGAAUCAUUUCUGAGAAGGAUAUGACGUUGCACAAAAAGAAAAAAUUAGGGAAUAGAACACCAGAUUGUAAAGAUUUCCUCUCUAAUGAGUUGAAAUGGACACCUCUGUCAAGUUCAAUUUGUGAUGCUGGAGAAAUUGCUGAAGUCACUGCUAAAUCUUCUAAAGCCUCCAAGGAGAUUAAUGAGAAUGGGGCACGAAGCAGAAUGGUUACCAUAGAAGCAUUGAAGGAGGAGUCAUUGGAGUCAAUAUCUGGUCAGGAUAUUGGGAAGACUGCAAAGCAAAAUGCAGGAAAUGGUUUUAUGAAAAAUGCUUUAGACCAUAAACUUGAAAAUUCGUGCAAGGAUAAUUCUAUGAACCCUAAGAAUAUUAACAUGUGUAAUACUUUAAUGAUUUCCAAUAAGAUUGAACAUGAUGUAGUAAAACAUAAGGUGGAUCAUAAGUAUGAGAUCCCUCAGAAGGUAAAGGCUGUAUUUGAGUGGAGGAAUAAGUCGAAAGUUGACCAGAGUCAUGGAAAAGCUGAGGCUGUUGAAAGAAAAGACAGCUUUGGUGGUGCUAAUAAAGCAAUGAUAUUUGAUAAAGGGAGUGCUGGCUCUGACAAUAGUUGUAGAAGUAAAAUGAAUAAGUCAAAUAACAGGGAUUCAUUGAAAGAAAAAAAAUCUGAACGGAAAGUUGACAGUCUAGCUGGCAAUGGUGCUGUAAAAUACUCUAGCAUUAAUAAUGGGAAACAGAGUGCAUUUGGGGCUAAAGCAAAGGAAAGACCGAGUGGCCAUAAAGUUGUUGACCAGUUGGCAGCUGUGCCAUGCAUAAAAGAUACUUCAGCUUCACUUCCUAACCUUGCUCCGGAGAUGAUUUCAUCAGCAGUAGCACCACCUCAGGUUAUUUUAGAAGAUUGGGUAUGUUGUGACAGUUGCCAGCAAUGGCGGCUACUACCUUAUGGUAUGAAGCCAGAUCAUCUUCCAGAUAAAUGGUUGUGUAGCAUGCUAAAUUGGCUGCCUAAGAUGAAUUCUUGCAACGUCAGCGAGGAUGAGACAACAAAAGCACUUUAUGCCAUGUAUCAAAUGCCAAUUUCUGAGGGUCAAAAUAACAUGCAAAGCCAUGGUAUUGAAACUGCACUUGGAGUGGGCUCUUCUGAUUCUUUGCAAUAUGGCCUGAAUCACAAAAUGUCUAGCUCUGAUAUGUUGUCUGAUCGAAGAAAGAAGAAACAUGUUACUAAGGAAAAGACAAUGUCAGGAAUUAAUAAUGAUGGGCUUCAGUUCCCAAAUUCUGCAAAGAUCAAUAGUCAAAUAUCUGGAAAAAACAGAAGCUUGAAUGGCAUGAAUCAGCAUGCGGCUGCUGACUUAAACCCGAUGAAGAAGAUGAGUUCUUCUAAACAUCUUAGCAGGCUUGAAAACAUGAUAGAAGAGAAACAUGUGCCUAAAGAUAAAGAAAAGCAAGUUAAUGGAGGUGACAGAAAGCAUUUUAAAUUGAAACGUAAGAUGGAUCCUGAUCAAUAUAAAUCUGGAACUCCUAAGAAAUCAAGAACUGAAAAUGUUUGCCAUGCUGACAAACAAUUGAACCCUGGCAUGGGCCUUGAGAAGGUGGCUCUAUAUUCAAAAAAUGGUUUUCCAAAAAAAGCUAGUGGGAAGGAUAUGAGGAAGUAUGAUGAGUCUUGUUUAUCUGAGGAUGUACAGGUCAGGUUACCAGUCACUGCAAAGAAAGAGGGAGAUCAAGCUCAGGUCUCGUCUGGUGGUGGGUCCUUGGAUGUGAAAAGCAGCAUUAGAAGUGAUCGUUUAAUGAAGAAAAGGAAAUUGAAGGAUCGACCAAAUGAUGAAAAGCAGUAUGGUGAAGAGGGCAAUGUAAGUGAAUUUAGGAAGGAAAAGAAGCACAGAAUUUUGAAUAAAGAGGCAAAAUCAGUAACUGAAGGUGAUGAUAAAUUAAGUAAAGGUGGGAUGAGGCAAGAUUGCUUGUUAGGCAAUAGGGGCCAAAUGGCUAGUGCAACAGAGGUAAGAUUUGCUGAUAAAUGCAACCAACCAAGGAAGCACAGGAAAAGUAUCACAUCACUUCAUGCUUCAGAUGGUAUUGAUUUGGGCUCUGGACCACUUUCAUUGGCAGCAACAUCUAGCUCUUCUAAAAUAUCAGGGUCUCAUAAAGCUAAAACCAACUUUGAAGAUGUGAUUGGUUCACCUGUUGAAUCUGUUACCUCGUCACCUUUGAGGGCCUCCAACUUGGAUAAGAAUAUUUUGGCAGUAGGAGACACCUCAGUGAAAGGUGUUUCUACUAAAGGCUGUCUCCCUUCUGUAGGUUCCAGGAGAAGUGUGGAUAACAAGGAGGGAAAGCUAUUGGUAAAAUUGGAGGGUAGAAUUUCACACAACUUACAUCUUGCAUCCCACAAAUCAUCUUCAACCGAGUACCAGGUUGAGGAUGCUAAAGACAGAGCCAGGGCCCAAGCUAAAAAAUCUUCUGAACUAAAGAAUAAUCAUUUGUUUGAAGGCAGUGUCCAUGUUGAACAACCUGGCUAUAUUGCUAAUGGUAUAUGUCAUGAUGAGAAAGUAAACAAGGACAACCAGGAAAGUGAACUUUCUUGGCAGAAAUCUGGUAAGGUUACAUCCUUACACAGCAAAGAGAAUGGCAGAGAAUCUGGCUCUCAUGUUGGUAAAGGUAAGAUGAAGAUUUCAGUUUCAGAGACUGGUUAUUCAAAAAUUAGUGGGAGGUAUGAUUCAGCAGUUGAUCCUAGUAAUCAUGCAUCUGGUGCUAAGACAAAGAGUGAUGCUAAAUAUACUUCUCCCAAGUCUAAAAGUGAAAUUGACGGUAUUAGUCAGAAAAGUGCUUUAAGACAUGGUCUACAUGAAACAAGAAAGCCAACUGAGCUAAACCAAAGAGACUUUGAGAAUUCAGUUCCGAAGAUGGAUGCUCAAUGCAUUUCUGAUAGAAAGACUAUCUCCCAUCAAAACCUGACUUGGGACUUUGAGGAAGAAAACAAUGCUAAUCAUGUAAGCAUUGAAACAAGCAUUGGGAAAUCUAAAGUUCUAUCAUCUGCUGUAUCUGAAGUAAAAAGGGAAACAUUGAAUGUCGGUUCUAGAACUGGACCUCGGUAUCAAAAGGGAGGCAUGUCUAAUGAGCAUCCUGUCCAUGUUUCUGGAAACUUUGUGCUUGAUCAGCAAGUCACUGUGUCAAGUCCUCUGAGAACAAACUCUAACCAAACUGCUGUUGACACCCUGGAAGAAGCCACAAAACUAAAAGAUAGAGCAGAUAAUUAUAAGAACUCCGGGUUUGACUUUGAAAGCAAUGAGACUUACUUUGAAGCUGGUUUGAAGUUUCUGCAUGGAGCAUCACUUUUAGAAAAUUGUCACAAUGAGAGUAGCAAGCAUGGGGAAAUGAGUCAAAUGCAAAUUUUGGCUACUGCAGCCAAACUUUUCAAAUGCUGUGCCAGUGAAUAUGAAACACGCCAAGAAAUGGCAGCUGCUGCUUUGGCAUAUAAAUGCAUGGAGGUGGCAUACAUGAGACUGGUUUACUGUAAAAAUUCUAGUACUAAUAGAGAUCGGCAUGAGUUGCAAUCAGCUCUUCAAAUGGUUUCUCAAGGUGAAUCUCCAUCAUCUUCUGCAUCCGAUGUUGAUAACCUUAACAAUCAGGCAGCAGCAGAUAAGGCUACUUUGCUUAGGGGUACUAAUACUCAUGUGGCUAUCAACCAAGUCAUACCUGCUCGAACUUGUCCGACUUUAGUCAGGCUUCUUGAUUUUACUCAGGACAUAAAUUUUGCAAUGGAGGCUUCUAGAAAAUGUCAGAGCACUUUUGCGGCUGCUAAUUUGGCCAUGGAAGAAGCACGGAAUAAGGACUGGAUAACUUCCAUUAGGAGCGUUAUUGAUUUCGGCUUCCAGGAUGUAGAUGAGCUUGUACGUCUGGUUUGGACUGCAACAAAAGCGAUAAGUCGUGCCGGUCUUGGUGGUGCUAGAGAUUAACUUGAUCCUGUAUAUAAUUUAUUUUUUUGGUUUUUCUUCUCUACUGAGAUGGCAUUGUGAAAGGAAGAGGCUAAAAGAUAUCUACCAAGACUAGCACUUAGAAACCUAAAGUUGGCAGGUUGAAGAAGAUCUGUUACCCUUGUGUACAUUUGUACAAAAUGUGAUUGAUUAGAAAAUUUUGUUACGCAUUUUUCAAUUAAGGUUUUUCUUAAUGUGGAUAAAGGGUACAACACACACCCUUAAAUUUUAUGGGUUAGAAAGAGGGAAGGGAUUCCUGGCUGUCAAAUGAUGCCGGAUGAAUAUCAUAUUAUGUUAGUUCAGUGCUACAUUCUUUGCUCCACUUAGCUGGAGCCCCGGGAACAAGAAUAUUGAGUUUGGAAAUGUUAGGCAACCAUUUUUGAGGGCUUUGAAUACUGAUAUAGUUAUAAUAGGUCCAUUGUUUAUGACAAACUCUCCUUUUUAUGUUAUCAUAUCAAAGUUUUGAAUGAAUA